GCUUUAGUUGAUGUUUGAAGUUAUUUCCCUUGCAGUGGUACCCACUGAAUUUUAUAAUCGGGUGCUCAUUCCUGAUUUUCCUUUUAAUGGCCAGAUUUAUUGGCAGAAGAAACAAAAAGCUUUUCUGGUUGGCUCCGAUUGCUCCUCUUAUAUCAUUUGUAUUAUCUACUUUUAUUGUGUAUAUUUCAAGAGCUGAUGAGAAAGGGGUGAAUAUAAUAAAGCAUGUAAAAAAAGGCCUGAAUCCAAGUUCCACUCACCAAUUACAAUUGCAUGGUCAACAUGUUGGAGAAACUGCUAAAAUUGGAUUGAUUUGUGCUGUCAUUGCUCUCACUGAAGCAAUUGCUGUUGGUCGAUCUUUUGCUUCCAUCAAGGGGUACCAUCUUGAUGGGAACAAAGAAAUGCUGGCCAUGGGGUGUAUGAACAUUGCAGGAUCCUUCACUUCUUGCUAUGUGGCAACCGGUUCAUUCUCAAGAACUGCAGUCAACUUCAGUGCUGGAUGUAAAACAUCAGUAUCAAACAUUGUAAUGGCAGUUACUGUGCUUCUGUGCCUGGAACUGUUUACAAAGCUCUUAUACUACACUCCUCUGGCCAUACUCGCUGCAAUAAUCCUCUCAGCACUUCCUGGAUUAAUUGACAUACCUGAAGCUUGCUAUAUCUGGAAGGUUGACAAAUUAGAUUUCCUCGCUUGCAUCGGUGCUUUCCUUGGAGUCUUGUUUGUAUCAGUAGAAAUUGGCCUUCUUAUUGCAGUGUCAAUUUCCUUUGCAAAGAUACUAAUAAAUUCUAUAAGACCUGGGAUAGAAGUUCUAGGUAGAAUUCCAAGAACAGAAGCCUACAACGAUGUUAGUCAAUUUCCCAUGGCCAUAAGCACUCCAGGCAUCUUGGUGAUUCGCAUAAGCUCUGGCUCACUCUGCUUUGCAAAUGCUAAUGUUGUCAUAGAAAGAAUAUUGAAAUGGGUCACUGAAGAAGAAGACAAGCUUAUUGAAGAAACUGCAAGGGGAAGUGUCAAAGCUGUGAUAAUUGAAAUGACCAACCUCAUGAAUGUUGAUACUUCCGGAAUUAUAGCGUUGGAGGAACUUCAUAAGAGUUUGCAUUCGCGUGGAGUUCAAUUGGCAAUAGUGAACCCGAGGUGGCUAGUAAUUCACAAGCUUAAACUGGCACACUUCGUGGAUAAAAUUGGAAAAGAAUGGAUUUUCCUUACUGUGGCUGAAGCCGUGGAUGGAUGUGUGUCUUCUAAAUUCGCUGACACGUGAUGUCACGUGUGAAGGCUAUGAUGAGUCGUUGACUCGUGUUGAACAACUCGUGUCGUUCGCACGCAGUGUGAAAUGGUUGAUGAUAUGCAAUAAUGUGGUUAAUCUUAUGUAUUAUAUAUAUGGUUACUAUGAUAAAAGAAAACUAAUCAGGUGGUAAAUUAUGACACUACUACAUCAAAAAGGAAUAGGUAUCGGUUCAUGAGCAGUAUAUUGAGUUUAUUUGAUCAACAUACUAUAUGGUUAAUCAUAUAUUAAAAU